AUGGCGGCCAAGAGUGAUUCAACCUCGACGGUUGUUGAGACGAACAAAAGCGAUGAGGUUGCGCUGGAGCGCCUCGGAUACAAACAGGUUCUCCAUCGAAGCUACUCACUCUUCGAGAACUUCUCCACCUCAUUCGCGGCCUUGUACUUUGUCGGCGGCGUUCGUGUCACGUUCUCUACUGGAAUAGCAGCUGGUGGACCUCUGGCAUACUGGACGAGUUAUAUCGUGACUUGUGUGUUCACAUUCAUCACUGCUGCGGUCAUUGCAGAGGUCUGCUCCGCAGCCCCAACGGCAGGUUCAAUCUACCUCUGGGCUGCCGAGGCUGGAGGCCGUCGCUUCGGGCGGUUGUUCGGAUUCAUCGUCGCUUGGUGGAGUACUACCGCUUGGACGACGUUCUGUGCCAGCAACACUCAGUCCACUGUCAACUACAUGCUAUCUGAAUUGACCGUUUUCGAAGUUGAUUUCCCCACCGACACAGGGAACAUCAAGUUCCGUGCGCUGCAAUGGAUCUGCACGGAAGUGAUGUUAGCAUUGGCGGCAUGGAUCAAUCUUGCCUCACCCCGGAUAUUCCGAUACGUCUUCUGGCUAUCGACAGGCGCCGUGUUCCUGGACUUCAUCCUAAAUCUCAUCUGGCUGCCGGUGGGCGCCCACAACACCUACGGCCUCCGAACCGCCCACGAAGCCUUUAUGACCACGUAUAACGGCACCGGUGCGCCAGCCGGCUGGAACUGGUGUCUCUCGUACCUUGCAACCGCCGGAAUUCUCAUCGGAUUCGACGCAUCAGGCCACGUCGCCGAAGAGACGAAGAACGCGUCCCUCAACGCAGCGAAGGGCAUCUUCUGGAGCACGGUCAUCAGCGGCGUGCUAGGCUUUACGGCUGUCAUCCUGUUCCUCUUCACAUCCCCCCCAAUCGACAUCCUCUUCUCCUACGACGCCCCCCAACCCUUCGUCCCACUCUACGCCGUCGUCCUCGGCCGCGGCGGCCACAUCGUCAUGAAUGUGCUCUCCGUGACGGCGCUAUGGCUCAACACCGCCAUCGCCAUCACAGCCGCCUCGCGCCUCGUCUUCGCGGUCGCCCGCGACGGCGUCCUCCCCUUCUCCACCUGGACCUCCCGCGUGUCCGAGGAGGGCCAACCCCGCAACGCUAUCCUGGUGGUGUGGGGAGUCUCCGCCCUCAUCACCUGCACGAUCCUCCCGUCGGCGGUGGCGUUCACCUCCCUUGUCUCCGCUGCGGGCGUCCCCUCCGCUGCGGCGUACGGGCUCAUCAGUCUCGGUCGGUUGACGCUCACCCGAAAGGAAAAGCUGGAGGCGAAGUGGUCGCUCGGACGGUGGAGGGUGCCCUUUCAAGUUGUGGCGGUUGGGUGGAAUGCGUGGGUCGUGGCGGUUUUGUUCUCGCCGUAUGAGUUUCCCGUUGAGGCGGGGACGUUGAAUUACGCGCCGAUUAUCAUGGCGAUCGUGACGGUAUUUGCGGUGGUGUCGUGGUGGGUCACGCCUGCGGACGCGUGGUUGAGGCAGGAGUUUAUUGAGCAGGCAGGGGCUGCGUCAGCGGCGUCGGUGGAUGAGUAG